AUGGUCUGCACCACCCUGAACCUUCUGACCAACGUGGGAUACAGCAUGGUCAACAGCGUUGUCGGAGGCCAGAUCCUCUCCAAGGUCUCCGGCGGUCACAUCUCCGUCUUGGUGGGUAUUGUCAUCGUCGCUGGGUCCAGCUGGGCCAUGGCCAUGUUCGGCAUGCGCAUCUUCCAAGUCUAUGAACGGUUCGCAUGGCUGCCACAAUUGAUGGUACUCUGCGUCAUGCUGGGAUCUGCCGGUCCGCACUUCGACUUCAACAUCCAAGCCGAGGCUUCACCAUCGCGACUGAUAGCCAAGCGCAUCACCUUCUUCUCCCUGUGUCUGUCAAUCGCCCUCGCCUGGGCCCCGCUGGCAGCCGACUACUACGUGUACUAUCCGCCGCACGUCAAGCGUUGGCGUACAUUCACCGUCACCAUGCUGGGAGCGUGGCAGGCGAUGAUCGUCACGCUCCUCAUCGGAAUCGGACUCGGCACCGUGAUGGCCAGCUCGCCGCAGUAUGCCAACAAGUACGGCACUACGCCAGGCGGGCUGCUAAUGACAGCGUACGACUCGCUCGGCGGAUUUGGCAAAUUCUGCGCGGUGAUCAAUGUCCUCGCUGUGGUGGCCAACAACGCGCCAGGGGCGUACUCGAUGGGCAUGAACUUCCAGAUGCUCGGCCAGUGCUGGCAGAAGAUCCCGCGCCCGGUCUACACCACGCUCAGCACAGUGAUCUAUACCGGCUGCGCGAUGGGCGGCCGCAAUGCGCUGUACGAGGUCUUUAAGAGCUUUCUGCCCCUGAUCGGGUACUGGGUGAUUAUCUGGUUCACCAUCGUCGUCGAGGAGGACCUGCUCUUCCGCCGCAAGAGGGGAUAUGACUGGUCGGCCUGGGACCAGCGCCAGAAGCUGCCCUUGGGCAUCGCAGCGGGGAUUUCAUUCCUUAUUGGCUGGGUGGGAGCAAUUGUUGGCAUGGUAAGUUCUUUUCUUGCUGUAAUUGUGUCGAAUGAGCCGUUGCUGAGGUCGACAUCCAGAGUCAAUCGUACUGUACCGGCCCCAUCGCGCAUCUCUCGAAUGGCGCCGAUUUGGGCCUGUGGCUGGGAGCCGGGUUCACCGCAGUGA